UUUUGCACGCUGGGUAAUCCGCCAUAUUCAAUCGGGGACAGGUGACUUGGGGUCAGCGUGAAGAAAUAGCUCAACUUUUUGUGCAGCUGUGCUCUUUUUGGCGUGUUAUAACGGUCCACAAGGUUGAAGGACACUUUCUGUAUGCAAUUAAUUGACGUGGGAAAGACCUGUCAUUCUUGAAAGCCUGUGACAGUUCUUCCCAACCAGGAAUCAAACAUGGACUCUGUGAAUCCUGGACAGACAGUGCUGUUGCUAUGGGGCGGGGCGGUGUCUGGGGACAUGGUCCAGACGACAGUCGGGAAUCUUCAGGCCAAGGUUGGAGAGAAGGGUCAUGUACGUGUGGAGCAUGUGGACAGGCUGCUCUUGUCAAAUCAUGGUAGCUCAACAUUUGACGUUGUCCUGUCAGGGACGAUGAACCCUCCCACGACUGUCCAUUCGGGGGACCUGCUAGCAGAGAUGGCCAGAUUACUGAAGCCCAGUGGGAGGGUCGUGGUGUGUGAGCCUACAGUCAGCACAGAUAAUGGAGGUACUUUGAGAACUGCAGCUAAACUGAGCUCCAGUCUGAAGCUAGCUGGGCUGAUCAGUGUGUCAGAGGCAAAAGAAGUCUCCUUGUCCCAGCAGGAACAAGACCUUUUGAAACAAGCCCUAUCAGUUGAAGGUGUUCAGGUGGUUGAGAUUUCAGCCAGCAAGCCCAGUUAUGAAGUGGGCUCCAGUGCACAACUUACCCUUUCUUUUGCCAAGAAAAAACAGGUAGAAAAACCGAAGCUGGAUGAGAAUGCAGCCAAGAUCUGGAGUCUGUCGGCUGUGGAUAUGAACGACGAUGACAUUGAUCUCCUUGACCCUGAUGAACUUCUCGAUGAGGAAGACAUGAAGAAACCAGACCCUGCCUCCUUAAAGUCUGGAUGCGGCGGGGACACCAAGAAAAGGAAAGCAUGUAAAAAUUGCACCUGUGGUCUGGCAGAGGAGUUAGAAGGUGAUCAGACAGAGAAGACUGCCAGCAAGCCUGCCACAUCUGCUUGUGGAAAUUGUUACCUUGGUGAUGCCUUCCGUUGUGCCAGCUGCCCAUAUUUAGGCAUGCCAGCGUUCAAGCCAGGAGAGAAGAUCACCCUUACAGACAGGCAGCUGAAGGGUGACAUCUAAGGGGGAGGGAGGCAGCUGAAGGGUGACAUCUAAGGGGGAGGGGUGCACCAAAGGGUGACAUCUAAGGGGGAGAGGGGCAGCUGAAGAGUGGCAUCAAAGGAGUGUGCAGCAAAAGGGGGUAUGGAGAAAAGGAUAGCUUGAGCAUGUUAUCCAGCUAGGCAGGUUACAUCUAUGAGGUCAGCUUGAGGGGGACAUCAUGAUUUAGAAGGUAACACUGGGAGGAGCCAGCUGAAGGGCACAUCUAGGAUGAAAGGGAUGAAAGAGCUUCUUACAAAUCUUGUCAUCAUUGCAGGAGAUUAACAGUGGCCAAAUAGAACUAACUAUGGCAUCUACAUGUAUGUCAGGCUCCUUUCUUACAUUGUAUGUCCUCUUUCUCAUCUAAAUGUCCUGUCGGGUAGUUAUAACAUAGAAACUCUUUGAUAGUUGGCUGGGGCAAACAAAAGAGUUGAAGGAGUGACUGUUACUGCUCAAGACUCAAAAUGUACAGGGAAAAUGGCAGGGAAAGCAUAUGUGCAUUCUCCCUGUAAUGGGAUACAAUUUUGUCACAAUUUUUCUAAAAUCACAAUAUCACAAAGAUUAACAUUGACGUCUUGUUCCAAGUCACUAACAAUUGUGACUUCAAUAAGUUCUAUUAAACAUGCUGCCUGUGUCAUCAAAGUUUAUGUUCAUGUACAUUACCUAAGGCCACAUUGACUUAAUUUUAUUGAUGGCAUCCAUACACAUAAUAUUAUAGAUUUUCAGCCAUUUUAUAAAAAAA